UCUCGGUGUCGUCGCGCUGAUGGUGGUGCUCGGAACAGCAGCGGAUGUGUGUUGCUCCAACAGAAAGAUGGAAGGCGCUGCCAAGAACACCUUAGUGAGUGUUCUGAAGUCAUUUUCUCUGGUUUCGAACACCAGAAUGAUGCUUCAGAUAGCGACAGACAAGAGCUCCGAGGCAUACAGCAUGAAAUUUCUGCACGGCAUUCGUUUCCUGAGCAUGGUCUGGGUUAUUAUCGGACACAGCUACGGUGCCUCUUCGGAUGUGUGGGCCCGCAUGGUGAACGUCAUAAUAUACGUAGAUCAAUGGCAAAACGUAAUCACAGCCCUCGGGUACAUGAGCGUCGACUGUUUCUUCUUCCUCAG